AUGGAGCAGGCAUUUGGACUUAACGCUGUCCAAAGCAACAAGAGCACUUAUGAUUUGCAGACGCCUAGCCGGCAGAUCAUGGGGAUGCAAGCCAAACAUCAUGAGAUGGCUGUAUACCAUGAUAGGGCAAUGCGCACAUGCCCCACAGUGGCACUGGAGGUCUUAUUAGAGCUCACACCGCUGCAUAAGGUGAUCAAGCUAGCAGCAAAGCACACCAUGCUGCUAAUGUCAGCAGAAGGCUGCGGGAGAGGGAAGAUAAUGUCCUCCAGGCAGAUGGACGCUCUAGCGGAGAGCACACCGCUGGCCCUCCUCCCAAGAGACGGCACAACAAGGAAAGUAAACUUCAAAAAGCAUUUCAAAGUAACUCUAGGCAGUAAGAAGGAGUGGAACGAUUCCACGCUGGAAAGACUGCUGGAAGACAGUACCAUUCAGUGGUACACAGAUGGCUCGAAAACACCGGAAGGCAUUGGGGCAGGUAUUGCGGGUCCGCGAACCAAGCUAUCCAUACCUAUGGGCUGCUUCCCAAGCAUUUUCCAGGCUGAAGUUCUUGCCAUCAGUCAAUGCGCUGAAAUCAACCUCAGCCGCAACUAUCGCAACCAGCGCAUAGCUAUUCUCAGCGAUAGUCAAGCGGCACUAAAAGCGAUCUCAUCGUACGAGACCAAAUCGCUUUUAGUAGAAGAAUGCAUAGGAAGGCUAAACCGCCUGUCCCUGUGCAACCGGGUGCACCUAAUUUGGGUACCAGCGCAUAAGGGAGUAGAAGGAAACGAGAAGGCAGACGAGCUGGCCCGCACGGCGGCAGCGUCCAAGAUGUGGGGACCAGAGCCGUCCGUAGCAGUAGGACCCCACACUCUUAAGGAGCUGCUCCGCACGGAGGAGAGAGAGGAUAGGGAGCGGCACUGGCGGCAGGCAGCAAGUGACGAUAUGCAGGAGAGAUAG